AUGGCCUCAUCCAGCGGAAUGCUGCGCAAGGGCAUCACAUCCAUCGUUCCCCGGACUACGGUGGGAAGAGCUGCCCUUCCUGCUUUCCAACGACAGCUCCAUGACGGCCAAGCACGAUCGCAAAGCACCAGCUUAUUAGGACUCCAGAACAACAACCCUAAUAUCCCAACCUCCUACUUCCAACGCCCCUCGCUACCUGCCAAUACCAUUGUUCGAUUUGUACCCCAACAAACCGCGUGGAUUGUUGAGCGCAUGGGAAAGUUCAACAAGAUAUUGGAACCAGGCCUUGCUAUUCUAGUACCAUUCCUUGACCGGAUAGCAUACGUCAAGAGCUUGAAGGAAUCUGCAAUAGAGAUACCCAGCCAGAGUGCCAUCACGGCGGACAAUGUUACGCUUGAGCUUGAUGGCGUCCUAUAUACCAGAGUAUUCGAUGCUUAUAAAGCAAGUUAUGGAGUUGAAGACGCCGAAUACGCUAUCUCCCAGCUAGCCCAAACAACUAUGCGUUCAGAAAUUGGCCAGUUGACGCUCGAUCAUGUCCUGAAGGAGCGCGCGGCUCUCAAUACCAAUAUCACACAGGCCAUCAACGAAGCAGCACAAGACUGGGGCGUCGUCUGCCUCAGGUAUGAAAUUAGAGAUAUCCAUGCACCGGAAGGUGUCGUGGAAGCCAUGCACAGACAAGUCACGGCCGAGCGAAGCAAGAGAGCAGAGAUUCUGGAUUCCGAGGGCCAGAGGCAGAGUGCUAUUAAUAUUGCCGAGGGAAGGAAACAGAGUGUUAUUCUGGCGUCUGAGGCAUUGAGGAGUGAGCAGAUCAAUAUGGCUAGUGGUGAGGCGGAAGCGAUCUUGCUGAGAGCGAAAGCUACGGCUGCAGGUAUUGAGGCAGUUGCGAAGAGCAUAAUGGAAGGAAAGGAAUCUGCCCAAAAUGCUGUCAGUCUCAGCGUGGCGGAGAAGUAUGUGGAUGCGUUUGGCAAAUUGGCAAAGGAAGGCACUGCGGUUGUUGUACCAGGGAAUGUUGGCGACAUUGGAAGCAUGAUUGCAAGCGCAAUGGCAGUGUAUGGACAGGUCGGAGAUGCCCAGGCUAAGACAAUAGCAGCGAGGACGUUGGAAGCCCAGAAGUCCGCAGCACAGGAGGGUUCGGAGAGCCAGCCGUCUCAAGCAGAGUCACCAAACGACGAGAUGAAGAGGAGCAUGCUCGAUUCUUUUGAGAAUGCGAGAAAAAAGAAGUGA